UCACAAACAAAUCAACAACAACACUUUCUCUCUUCUUUUCCUUCAUCUACUUUUCUUCAACCAAGUUCGUUUUGUCAUAUACAAAGAAUUUAAGCUCAAAGAUGAUUCAAAUUUCGUCUUCCAAGUACAUGCCUGAAUUUGGAAUGGAAGACACUCGUUUGUUUGAAGCAAUGGAUUCAUUUGCAUUUGACUUUGAUGAUAUUCCAUAUUUCAACUCUUUCUCAGCUUCCACACCUGAGAGUACUAAUUCUUCUCAUAAUAAUAAGAGAUUCCAUUCCGAAAGCACACAAAACAACUCUUUCCCCAAUGAAAGUCCUAAUCAAUCUGUUGCCUCUGCAACACCGCCAACAAAGCUACAACUCAAGGCUUCUUCAUCUUCCAAGAUCAUUUCUUUUGAUAAUAAGGAGGUUAAGAAGCCUAAAACUGAGUUGGAGUACGGUGAAAACUUGAAUUUUGGAAGUGAGUAUGAUAAACGAGACAACAAGGUUGUGACAACGAUAACGAACAGAAACCCGAUCCAAGCACGAGAUCAUGUAUUAGCUGAAAGAAAACGAAGGCAAAAGCUUAACCAGAAAUUAAUUACUCUUUCCUCUAUUCUUCCUGGACUCAAAAAGAUGGACAAGGCAACUAUUUUGGAAGAUGCUAUAAAUCAUCUAAAUCAAUUAAAAGAACGAGUCAAGAGUUUAGAAGAACAAGUAGCUGAUAGAAAAGUUGAAUCUGCAGUUUAUUUGAAGAGAUCUAUCCUCUUCUCCGAUGAUGAUUGUGACGAAUACUCAGACCAAUCAGUCCCGAAAAUAGAAGCAAGAGUUUCUGGAAAAGACAUGCUCAUCAGAAUCCACUGUCACAAACACACCGGCCGAAUUCCGACCGCAAUACUUAACAAACUCGAAAAACUUGAUCUCACAAUUCAGAGUAGUUCCGUUUUACAAUUUGGAAGUAACUAUAUUGACAUAACCAUUGUUGCUCAGAUGAAUAAAGAAUAUUGCUUGACAAUAAAAGAUCUCAUAAGAAGCAUAAGUCAGGUUUUGAAACAGCUCGUUUGAUCCUAAGUAACAAGUUCAAAAGAUCAACAUUUUCCAAUGAGUCAUGACUAUAGAAAUGACCCUAGAUAUUAAUGGUUUUUUUAGUUUUUAUAUCACAAUGGUUUUUUUCAGUGUGCAGAGUUCAAGAGAUGAUGAUGCUAGCUAAGGUGUUUUCCUUAUUUUUUGCAUUCUGGCAUUUUGGGGACUCUGCAGCUUAUGUUUUUCUUCACACAAGAGGGAUUUUUUUAUAAGAUUUGUCUCUUCCGAUUGAUCUGUUUGAUCCCUCUUUCACGUUGUGAAGAUUGAAUUUUAUUUGUUUUGUUUCUUUUGUCAUUUUGUGAUGAGUUUUCAGUUAUAUAUAAAAUUCUUCUGAUUAUUGGAUA